AUGCAGCCUCAGGUUCUCCCCCUUCGUCACUACAGACUCGAUGACACUCACCCCAAGAAGGAGGAAAGAAGUGGUCGGCGCAGAGAAAAAGCAUCCGAAAGAGGCGCCGUGCCAAGCGGUUCCCUCGGCUUCGCAUCGUGGCGCCGGGGCUCCCCGCACCCGCCGAGCCCCGCCAGCGGCCCCCGCGCCCUGGUCGCGUUCGGGGGUCAAGGGCGCGGGUCCCUGCCCGGGGACGCGUUCCCGCGGGCCGCCGGGUCGCUGCAGCCCAGAGCCUGCGAGAGUUGCGGCAGCGGGUUAUUGGAUGCCGCGUGGCCCGGCGUGGAGGGGAAGCUGGAAAAGCCCAGUCAUUUCCCGCGAGAAAGUUUCCCGCGAGUUGGUGGCUCCGUUCCCCCUCCCCGCCGCAGCCCCGGGCGGGUUGAGGGCGGAGGGGCGCUGCCUGCCGCGGGGAGUCCGCCUCUCCAGCGCCUGGCAGAGGACAGCUCCGCCGGCGAGGAGCUGGACCCGGGAUGCCGGGAGGCGCAGGGACAGUCCCGGACAGCGAAUCGCAGCUUGCGGGACGCCGCUCGCUGCGGGUUCGGCCAGAGGAAGGGGAGGAGGACCGAUGUGGGUGUUCGUCCUGUGGCUCAGGCUGGCAAUAAACAUGGUGAACUCAGUCCCUUAGCCCUGUUUGCUUUCUUUGUGAAUCGCUGCAAAGAAAAUCUUCAUGUUGUAGUGGCCUUUAGCCCCAUUGGAGAUGCCUUUCGAAAUCGCUUGAGGCAGUUCCCAUCCCUCAUCAAUUGCUGUACCAUUGACUGGUUUCAGCCAUGGCCUGAAGAUGCUCUUGAACGUGUAGCUGUGAAAUUCUUAGAAACACUGGAGCUCACUGAUGUUGAACGACGAGAGAUAGUUCCAAUCUGCAAACAUUUUCACACUUCCAUUAUGGAACUUUCAGAAAGGUUCUUGCAAGAGUUAGGACGACAUAACUAUGUUACUGCUACUUCUUACCUUGAACUCAUUGCCUCAUUUCGACAACUGUUGACUAAGAGGCGACAAGCUGUAAUGGAAGCAAAACAGCGCUAUAUGAAUGGACUUGACAAAUUAGCUUUUGCUGAGUCUCAGGUCGGUGAAAUGAAAACAGAACUUGUCCAAUUACAGCCCAAAUUAGAGGAAGCAAAAGUUGAAAAUGCAAAUAUGAUGCAGAUUAUCGAGAUAGAAUCUGCACAAGUGGAAGCAAAAAGAAAGUUUGUGAAAUUUGAUGAAGAGGUAGCCAGUGGAAAAGCUGAGGAAGCGCAAGCUCUGAAGAAUGAAUGUGAAAGUGAUCUAGCUGAGGCGAUUCCAGCCUUGGAAGCAGCCCUGUCGGCACUGGAUACACUAAAGCCAGCUGAUAUUACAAUCGUGAAGUCAAUGAAGAAUCCUCCAUCUGGUGUUAAACUAGUUAUGGCUGCUGUUUGUGUUAUGAAAGAUAUAAAACCAGAAAAAAUUUCAGAUCCUUCAGGAACUGGAGGCAAGAUAUUAGAUUAUUGGGGACCUAGCAAAAAACUUCUGGGAGAUAUGAAUUUCUUAAGAGAUUUGAGAGAAUAUGACAAGGACAAUAUUCCGGUGACUAUUAUGCAGAAGAUUCGUGGUGAAUACUUAACAAACCCUGAAUUUGAUCCUCCUAAGGUUGCUAAAGCUUCCUCUGCAGCUGAGGGUCUGUGUAAGUGGAUCAUGGCUAUGGAAGUGUAUGACAGAGUUGCAAAGGUAGUGGCUCCUAAGAAAGCCCGCUUAACAGAAGCUCAGAAGUCCUUAGCUGAGACGAUGGAGCUUUUGAAUCAGAAGAGAGCAGAACUAGCAGAAGUAGAACAUCAUUUGGAAAAUUUAGAAAGAGUAUUUCUUGAGAAAACUGAGGAAAAAGCUCGUUUAGAAGACCAGGUGGAACUUUGUGCUAAGAAACUUGAAAGAGCCUCCAAACUAAUUGGAGGGCUAGGUGGAGAAAAAUCGAGAUGGUCUCAGGCUGCAGAUGACCUUCAGAUAGUAUAUGAAAAUCUGACUGGCGAUGUCUUAGUAUCAGCAGGAGUAAUAGCCUACCUUGGUGCUUUCACUUCUGGCUUUCGACAAACAUGUACAGAGGACUGGAGCAUGCUGUGCAAGGAGAAAAAAAUCCCGUGUUCAGAGGAGUUCUCACUGAGUAAGACCUUGGGUGAUCCAGUAAAAAUCAGAGCCUGGAAUAUUGCUGGAUUGCCUACAGAUACUUUCUCCAUAGACAAUGGAGUGAUUGUUAACAACUCCAGGCGCUGGCCUUUAAUGAUUGAUCCCCAGGGUCAAGCCAAUAAGUGGAUCAAAAACUCUGAGAAAGAAAAUCAGCUUAGUGUUAUUAAGCUAUCAGAUGCAGACUAUAUGAGAACACUGGAAAACUGUAUUCAAUUUGGAACUCCACUUCUGUUGGAAAAUGUUGGUGAAGAACUGGAUCCAUCAUUGGAACCUUUGCUACUUAGACAAACUUUUAAACAAGGUGGCAUUGAUUGCAUCAGACUUGGUGAGGUCAUUAUUGAGUAUUCCUUUGAUUUCAAGUUUUAUAUCACCACAAAGUUGAGAAAUCCACAUUAUAUGCCAGAGCUGGCUACAAAGGUAUCUUUGCUCAAUUUCAUGAUAACUCCAGAAGGACUUGAAGAUCAAUUACUUGGUAUUGUUGUUGCAAAGGAGAGACCGGAAUUAGAAGAGGAACGAAAUGCUCUGAUUCUGCAGUCUGCAGCUAAUAAGAAACAGCUGAAAGAUAUAGAGAAAAAAAUUUUAGAAACAUUAUCAUCUUCAGAAGGAAACAUUUUAGAGGAUGAAAGUGCAAUUAAAAUCUUAGACUCUGCUAAGUUGAUGUCCAACGAGAUAACCAAGAAACAGCAGAUUGCAGAAAAAACAGAACUCAAAAUAGCAGAGUCUCGAGAAGGUUAUAGACCCAUUGCUAAACAUUCAUCAGUGUUAUUCUUUAGCAUUGCAGACCUGGCUAAUAUUGAUCCCAUGUACCAGUACUCUCUCAUCUGGUUUGUGAACCUUUAUAUCAACUCUAUUCAUGACAGUAACAAAUCCAAAAUUUUGGAAAAGCGCCUGAGAUAUUUAAAUGACCACUUUACAUACAACUUAUAUUGUAAUAUAUGCCGAUCACUAUUCGAGAAGGACAAGCUAUUGUUUUCCUUUAUAUUGUGUGCCAAUCUUCUUUUGGCAAAGAAAGAGAUUGAAUACCAGGAACUGAUGUUUCUUUUAACUGGAGGAGUAAGUCUUAAGAGUGCUGAGAAAAAUCCUGAUCCAACUUGGCUACAGGAUAAAAGCUGGGAGGAAAUUUGUCGUGCAAGUGAAUUUCCUGCCUUCAGAGGACUCAGGGAUCAUUUUUAUGACAAUCUGUCUGAAUGGCGGGAGAUCUAUGACAGUAAGGAGCCACACAAUGCUAAAUUUCCAGCACCAAUGGAUACAAGGCUAAAUGAGCUACAGAAAAUAAUCAUUCUUCGGUGCUUAAGACCUGAUAAGAUAACUCCAGCUAUAACUAAUUAUGUAACUGACAAACUAGGGAAAAAGUUUGUAGAGCCUCCACCAUUUGAUUUGACAAAGAGUUAUUUGGAUUCAAAUUGCACCAUUCCCUUAAUUUUUGUGUUGUCUCCAGGAGCAGAUCCCAUGGCCAGCCUGCUAAAAUUUGCAAAUGAUAAAGCUAUGUCUGGAAAUAAAUUUCAAGCUAUUUCACUGGGACAGGGACAAGGACCCAUUGCAACAAAAAUGAUUAAAGCAGCAAUAGAGGACGGAACUUGGGUUUGCCUACAGAAUUGUCACCUCGCUGUCUCCUGGAUGCCCAUGUUAGAAAAAAUAUGUGAAGAUUUUUCUCCUGAAGUCUGUAACUCAUCUUUUAGGCUUUGGCUCACAAGUUACCCAUCUCCAAAAUUCCCAGUAACAAUUCUACAGAAUGGAGUCAAAAUGACUAAUGAACCUCCUACUGGUCUUCGGCUAAAUCUCCUCCAAUCUUACCUCACUGAUCCAGUUUCUGAUCCUGAGUUUUUCAGUGGAUGCGAAGGAAAAGAAUUGGCUUGGGAGAAGUUGCUGUUUGGAGUUUGCUUUUUUCAUGCCCUUGUGCAGGAGCGAAAGAAAUUUGGUCCUCUUGGAUGGAAUAUUCCAUAUGGAUUUAAUGAAUCCGACUUACGUAUCAGUAUUCGACAACUCCAGUUAUUUAUCAAUGAAUAUGAUACAAUUCCGUUUGAAGCGAUCUCUUACCUGACUGGAGAGUGUAACUAUGGAGGAAGAGUGACAGAUGACUGGGACAGACGUCUCCUCUUAACCAUGCUGGCUGACUUUUAUAACCCACACAUAAUCGAAAACUCUCAUUAUAAGUUUUCUCCUAGCGGAAACUAUUUUGCCCCUCCCAAAGGCACUUAUAAUGACUACAUUGAAUUCAUUAAGAAACUUCCUUUUACUCAACACCCUGAGAUAUUUGGAUUACAUGAAAAUGUUGAUAUCUCCAAAGAUCUUCAGCAAACGAAAACCCUCUUUGAGUCCUUGCUCCUCACCCAAGGAGGCUCCAAACAAACAGGAUCCUCAGGAAGCACUGACCAGAUUCUACUAGAAAUUACCAAAGAUAUUCUCAACAAGCUACCAAGUGACUUUGACAUUGAAUCAGCACUGCUCAAGUAUCCUGUGAGAUAUGAAGAGAGCAUGAAUACUGUGUUAGUGCAAGAAAUGGAAAGAUUUAACAACUUAAUUAAAACUAUACGAAACACUCUACAGGACCUUGAAAAAGCUAUUAGGGGUGUGGUCGUGAUGGAUUCUGCGUUGGAGGCACUGUCUGGCAGUCUGCUUGUUGGAAAGGUUCCAGAAAUAUGGGCGCAACGCUCAUACCCAAGUCUUAAACCCCUCGGAAGUUACAUCACAGAUUUUCUAGCCCGGUUGAACUUUUUACAGGACUGGUAUAAUUCAGGAAAACCUUGUGUGUUUUGGCUCUCAGGCUUCUUUUUUACCCAAGCCUUUUUAACUGGAGCAAUGCAGAAUUAUGCCAGAAAAUAUACCAUCCCUAUUGACUUACUGGGAUAUGAAUUUGAGGUUAUUCCUUCUGAUACCUCUGAGGAAGCACCAGAAGAUGGCGUUUAUAUCCAUGGAUUGUAUCUUGAUGGAGCCCGCUGGGACAGAACAAGUGGAUUGCUUGCUGAACAGUACCCCAAACUUCUGUUUGACCUGAUGCCCAUCAUAUGGAUAAAACCAACUGUAAAGUCUAAGAUCGUGAAGUUGAAUGCCUAUGUCUGCCCUCUUUACAAGACAAGUGAACGUAAAGGAACUCUUUCCACCACAGGACAUUCUACUAACUUUGUCAUUGCAAUGUUGUUGAAAACAGACCAACCUACUCAACACUGGAUCAAACGUGGGGUUGCUUUGCUUUGUCAGUUAGAUGACUGAAUUGGACACCUUAAUAAAA